AGUACCCUGUUUCUUACACCUGGGGACCCAUAUUGCUCCUAAAAUAAAAUAAGCACCCAAGCUGAUAAAUUAUCAAAUCAUUAGUUCUUACUUCUAUAGUUCAUUUACAUCCUGGGACCCAAAUGACAAGUUCUGGAUAAAACAAUGAUAGAAGCCAGGAAACCUAAUUUUUGCUGAGAGGAUGUGGCUAAACCAUAGCAAUGUUCUGAAAGGUACUUGAGCCUGGUGCAUGUCAAUUAAUUUCUAACAGCAGGCCUGAAACUACAUGUUAUUUCUAUCUAGAGAAAUAAUACAUUACUUGAUUUGACUCAAUAGGGUAUAGCACAGAGGACAUGCAAUCAAAUGAACACAUUGACAUGUACAGUCAAGGAAAGGAAAUCAAUGACCUUAACAUCAGUGGAAUAUCAUUCUUGGAUGAUUCAUAUCAAGGUUGUGAGGAAUUUAUUGAGAAUGAUUUGCAGCAAGAGUCUGAAACAAAUAAAAACAGGGAUCCCCUGACCACUUGCACUUUGAGUCCACCAAUUAAAAAACUGUGCACUUCAGAGAGUGGGUCAAUUUUGACAGGAAAUGAACGGAAAGAAAGAAACAAGUUACAUACCAUACUAGAAAAUGAUCCAAGCCAGUCCUUUCAUUUUUCUCAGUGGAAAAAAGAUCAAAUUGCAAAGUGCAAAGAAAUAGAAGGUGGAAAUUUAAUUGAAGAUAGCCCUUGUGUAGAUGUAAGCUGUUUAACUGGUGAUGAAGAGGAAUCAGAUCUAGCAUUGGAUGAGGGUACAGUGGUAGGAGAGUUUUCAGAGACCCCGCCUUUUCAGUUUACACAGUGGGCAAAGCAACAAGUUCAAGUGUGCCGCAAGAUAGAAAAGGAAACAGACAUUGGUGACAUUGUUCUACAACGGUCGCUGAAGUCUGCUGAACAAAAUAAUAGACUAAAAGUGGCAUCAAGAGAAAGAAAUAGUGCACCAAAAUUUACUGACCAUUCUGAUUCUCAGUUUGAUUUCACAGAAUGGGCAGAGGAUCAGGUGCAGUUAUGUAGGAAUUUUUCAGACAAUACAGAUACAGGAAGCAUAGAUUGGGAAAGUGAAAAAUGGGUGGAAUGGAUGUACAAAACAGAAAAGAGUGAUCCCUGCUCACCGCUCAGUAAUGAGUAAGAAUUUUGAUUUUCAAAGAGGGUGAAAUGUUAGAUUCAACAAUUUAGUAGAAGACAAGAGAAUAGCGGAGAGAGUCUCUAAAGACUGUAAUGCUUGUUUUUUCUUAGUUAUCAAAGAUUAAAAAUAUUUCAUUUAAGGGUUGAGAGCGUAGUGCAAGUUAAGAGAAUAUAUAGUAAAGAGGGGCUAUGAAGACUGAAAUGUUUGUUUUUCCUCGGUUAUCAAAAGUGACAAAUAUUUCUGUUUAGGGGUGAUAGCAAUUAAUGAAAUCAGUAAUAAUAAUUGAUAAAAAUUGAUGUUAAUUAAUUGAUAGUAACUGAUAUUGAUAAAUCAUUUCUGUCAGUAACCAAUUACAAAAAUAGAAUCGCUUGAUUUCAAGAACUGCUGAUAAAAUGACUUAGAAAUGGAAGGGGAUGGUAUGUCUUUGUAAAUGAAGAGUAACCAAUGAAGGUGCUUGUUGGAAAUUUUGAAAAAAAAAAUUCCAGAGUCCUUAUCUGUGGGGCCUUAACAAACGUUUUACUUUGUGAGUGAAUUCUAUCA